UGGGGAGUUGCGGGGUGGAGGGGGGAACUGGGGACGGGGACGACUGCGCGCUCGUUCGCGCAGGCCGGCUGCGUACAGUAGUGACGGCCGCGCGGGAGCGAUCACAUGACCACAGCGGCUGCCUGUACAGUAAGAACCCAAUAUGGCAGCGGCGUUAGCAGUGGCAACAGCAGCAGAACCGGCCGCCCCGUAGACCCCCCCUCCACCCCCGCCACUGCGCGCCUCCGCGGCCGCGUCUUGGCUGAGUUGCUUCUCCGGUCCGACUUCCCCUUUUCCCCCACCUUUCCCUGCCCCGAGGGAAAAGCCGUACAGGGCGCAGCAGGCAAGGGAGGGCAGCCGGAGCCGGGGCACGGAAGCCUCCCAGUCAGUUCAGGACCCGACAUGAGGGAAAAGGGCCGUAGGAAGAAGGGCAGGACCUGGGCGGAGGCCGCCAAGACGGUCUUAGAAAAAUAUCCCAAUACACCUAUGAGUCAUAAAGAAAUUCUUCAAGUUAUCCAGAGAGAAGGACUAAAGGAAAUCAGAAGUGGGACUUCCCCUCUUGCAUGCUUAAAUGCAAUGCUCCACACAAACUCCCGAGGUGAAGAGGGCAUCUUCUAUAAAGUCCCAGGUAGAAUGGGAGUAUAUACUUUGAAGAAAGAUGUGCCAGAUGGAGUGAAGGAGCUGUCAGAAGGUUCAGAAGAAAGCAGUGAUGGUCAGUCAGACUCUCAGAGCUCUGAGAACAGCAGCAGCAGUGAUGGUGGCAGCCGCAAAGAGGGGAGGAAGAGCAGGUGGAGGAGGAAAGUAUCAUCUAGACUGUCACAGCCAUCCUCUCCCCACUCAGGCUGCCCAUCACCUUCCAUUCCAGCAAGUAAAGUCAUUUCUCCGUCACAGAAGCACAGCAAAAAGGCAUUAAAGCAGGCCCUGAAGCAGCAGCAGCAGAAGAAGCAGCAGCAGCAGCAGCAACAAUGCAGGCCAAGCAUGCCCAUCUCCAACCAACACCUCUCUCUCAAGACUGUCAAAGCAGCUGGGGACCCUCUACCUGCCAAACCUGCCCUGUGGGAAGGAAAGCGGUCUGAUGGUCAGUCCAGCAGUCCCCAGAACUCACUCACCAGCUUCGCCUCCGCAGUGAAAGUGGACAGUUCUCUUCUAGGCUUGGGGAAGAAGUCUUUCCAGAGGUCCGACAGACUCCACACAAGACAGAUGAAAAGGACUAAGUGUGCUGACAUUGACGUUGAGACACCCGACUCCAUUCUGGUUAAUACUAAUCUUCGAGCACUGAUUAACAAGCACACCUUUUCAGUUCUUCCUGGAGAUUGCCAGCAGCGCCUGCUUUUACUGCUUCCAGAGGUGGAUCGGCAGGUUGGUCCAGAUGGUUUGAUGAAGUUGAAUGGGUCAGCCCUUAACAAUGAGUUCUUCACUUCUGCAGCUCAAGGCUGGAAGGAGAGGCUCUCAGAAGGUGAAUUCACCCCUGAAAUGCAGGUGAGAAUUCGGCAAGAGAUUGAGAAGGAGAAGAGAGUAGAGCCCUGGAAGGAACAGUUCUUUGAAAGCUACUAUGGGCAGAGUUCUGGCUUAAGCCUUGAAGAUUCGCAGAAACUGACAGCUUCCCCUAUCGAUUCCAAAGUAAAGAAGACCCCAGCUGAGCAACCAAAACCCUUAUUUCCUUCAGAGGCCUCUCCUGUCAGGAUCAUCUCAGUAGUUCCUCAGUCAGAGUGUAAAGAAGAAACAGUGCAAAUACUCUCACCAUUCAGAAAAGAAGAAGAAAGCCAAGAUGAGGCACGGCCAAACUCCAAAUCCCCAGAACCCAUCCUUGCAUCAGCCAGCAAUACAAGUGAGUUUAUUACCGUGAAGUCCCCCAAGUGCCCUGAGCAUGAGGGGCUCUUAGAGCAGAAGCCACUUGUCUGUGCUGAACAGGAGUCUGAGAAAUUAAAUCAUGUCAUCACAACAUCUAAUUGCAACAAAAGUGGGAACCAAGAAGUGUUAGCUACAUCCCCAAGCAAAUCUAAAAAUGCUGGGUUAGAAAAACCCAUAUCACAGCCUGUUGAAGAAGCAGGUCCACUGGACCCUGAUGUGAAGAUGCCUCCAGCAACUCUUACUGAUCAGAUCCCAGAAAGUCUCAAGAGGAAAUCUUCUCUUACCCAAGAGGAGGCCGCUAGCAGCUGGGAGAAAAGACCACGUGUCACUGAGAGUCACCAGCACCGGCAGCCAUUUCCGGUCUCGCCACAGCCCUUUCUUGGCAGAGGGGACAGGAUCCAAGUGCGAAAAGUACCACCUCUCAAGAUCCCGGUCUCCAGAAUCUCCCCGCUGCUGCUUUCUACAUCGCAGGUCUCUCCCAGGGCUCGUUUCCCAGUCUCCAUCACUAGUCCUUACAGAACCGGAGCCAGAACUCUGGCAGACAUCAAAGCAAAAGCCCAGUUGGUCAAAGCACAGAGGGCCGCAGCCGCAGCAGCCGCUGCAGCCGCUGCAGCCGCCUCAGUUGGAGGGACCAUUCCAGGACCUGGCCCUGGGGGUGGACACAGCCCAAGAGAGGGUGGGGAAAGGAAAGCUGCUGGCAGAGGGGGUCCGGGCUCAGACAGAGCCAGUGCCACUGGAAAGGGUCCCACACUGGAACUGGCAGGAACUGGAAGCGGGGGAGGUACGAGAGAGCUUUUACCAGGUGGUCCCCAACCUGAGACCCGUGCACCAUGCCAAGCACAGCCUCCUGGUGUCUCUGGAGCACAACUACAGCAAACCUCCUCAGUGCCCACAGCACUUGCCAACAGUGGGACAGGCAUCCCAUUACCACCCCACAUAGAGAAAUCAAACAGGGAAAAACCGGAGCCCCCCAAGGCAACAGCCACAGCAGCCUCUCCUUGCCACCCUCAAGACCCGAGUAGUUGCCGACAGGAGAAAGCUCCUUCUCCAGAAGGGCCUGCUCUGAUCUCAAGAGCUUCACCUGUUUGUUUUGUAGCUGAUGGCACAGUUGAGCCCAAAGCAGGUUCUAGUAAGAAUGCACCAAAGCCUUCAGUCUCAGCAAAGGCAACUGCUCCUGCCCGACUGGAUUUGACCUCCCCCGCUGCAACACCCCUGUUGACAACAGCCAGUGUGGAAGCACUCUGUGUGUCCCAGGGCAGUGGAACUUCAGGACCUGCCACAGCAACUUCAUCCUCAAGCACUUUGCCAGCAGCUUCCAGCCUUAAAACCCCAGGAACUCCUGCAACUAUGAAUGGACCCGCCUCAAGACCAAGUUCUAGCAUCCCUGCUAAUAAUCCUUUAGUUACUCAGCUGCUCCAGGGUAAAGAUGUUCCCAUGGAGCAAAUUCUGCCUAAACCUCUCCCCAAAGUUGAGAUGAAAACAGUCCCACUGACUACAACAGAGGAGAAAGUGACAGGAGCCUUCCCUGGUGCCAGUGCAGUGGAAAGUAGCACCAGAGAGGAAGUUCAUGGCAGGCAGGCCUAUCUGGCUGUCCAGCAGCUGGGCAAACCCUUGCAGAGGAAGCAGCUUCCCCAGGUCCCGAGGCCAGUCUUUGAAGCUAAGGAGCCAAGGGACUCUUGCCUUGACGCUCACCAGUUCCCAGAAGGAGUAAGCAGAACAACUCAAGAUCAGCUUUUUCAGACCCUCAUCCAGAGGGCUCAGAGACAGAGCGUUCUUUCAUUUGUACCACACUCUCAGUUCAACUUGGCUCACUCAGGGUUCCAGUUGGAAGACAUAUCCACAAGCCAGAAAUUCAUGCUGGGCUUUGCUGGCAGAAGGACAGCCAAGCCUGCAAUGGCAGGUCACUAUUUACUUAAUAUUUCCACCUAUGGCCGGGGUUCAGAGAGCGUUAGGAGGACCCAUUCUGUAAAUCCCGAGGAGCGACUUUGGCUAAGUAGCCCCAGCAAAGACUUGAAAAUGGGAUCUGCAGAUUGUAAAACCACAGCUGGAGAAAGCAGCAGUAGCAGCAGCAGCAAAGAGGAUGGAACUGAUGACGAGAGUGUGGGUGACGAGCAGGAGCCCGUGUCAGGGAAGGAGGAGCCCUGGGCUUCCCAGAGCUCUGGCAAGCACCCCCACAGUGGGGAAACACUGUCCACCAAUGAUGGGUUAGCCAGCAAGAAUGGUAAGACUGAGGCACCAAUGAGUGAGCAAACCACUUUAGGCAAGGAGAAUUACAUAUUCUCUAGAGGCCAAGCAUUUGAUGAAAAGACCCUAGCAAGAGAUUUUAUUCAGGCAGCACACAAACAGAUGGCUCACGCUGUGAGAGGUAAGACGGUGUGUAGCAGCCCUGAGCUUUUCAACUCUACUGCUCUCUCUCUCCCUGCAGACAGCCCCACGCAUCAGCCUCUCCUCCUUCCACCACUGCAAACCCCCAAAUUGUAUGGAAGCCCCACCCAGAUAGGGCCAAGCUAUAGAGGCAUGAUCAAUGUCUCCACCUCAUCAGACAUGGACCAUAGCUCUGCUGCACCAGGUAGCCAGGUAGCCAGCGAUGUAGGAGAUGUUAUGUCCUUUUCCGUGACUGUCACUACCAUCCCUGCUAGCCAAGCUAUGAAUCCCAGCAGCCAUGGCCAGACACUUCCCGUGCAGGCCUUUCCUGAGGAGGACAGCCUCGAGGACACACCCUCAAAAUGUUACUGCCGCUUGAAAGCCAUGAUCAUGUGCAAAGGAUGUGGAGCUUUCUGUCACGAUGACUGCAUUGGCCCCUCCAGACUGUGUGUCUCCUGCCUCGUUGUUCGGUGACAGGGCUGCAGCUCUGUAAAGGAGGGAAGGGCAGGCUUAACAAGACACGGGCGUGCACCCUUUGAAAUCCCAGAAAUAAAGUUUCAGUUGUCUCAAGAGAAGACGUUAAUCAGGAAUGCAGAAUGCAGGUCUUGAGAUUUACAGAAACAGCACCUUGUAUAGUAAGUCUUAGUCGAGUAGGACUAUGAAUCGGUGACAAGUUUGCACUUAAGAAAUCAUGUCAAUGUGUCACAUUUUGUUUUAACGUUGUUUUCCAAGGAUUUAGGUAAUGAUGUGUUGACUUUACAUUCAGAUUUACGUCCCAUCUCUUGACUCUGAAACUAGUGGAGUGAGCGGUGUGCACAGUGAAAGGUAACCGUCUGCCCCCAGCCUUUCCCAGGGUGGGGAGAAGGAGAAGUAGUCAGGAGGUGGCCAUCAUGCUGGUUAUGUCUGCACAGGCUGGCUGCAGCUUCUUCCCAGACAACACACAUGCCUUUGAAGGGUUUGCAUUGGCCUCUGCUCACCCUUUUAUUUUAGGUGGAGCCAUUUUCAGUGGAAUUUCUAGAAAGGUAUUCACUUCCCAGACACUGUUUGGAUCCUGACAGUCCUGGCUGAGCUUUUGGGCCAUGAGUCAGUACUGCUGUCAAGCAGAGCUCUGCUGUCUCCUCGUCAGUGAAUGUUACUUAAGAAGGACUCUAUCAGUCCAGUCUGUCAUGGCAUUACUUCCAGCAAUAAUACAUCCUGACACCGUAUUCUUUCUGGGCUCCCACAGACAGGUCUGCAAUACUAAUGUAAAAGAAAAUGCACACGCACAUUAGUGAUUGGGGUGUGUGUGUGUGUGUGUGUGUGUGUGUGUGUGUGUGAGAACUGUGUCUUGGCGAAGGGGACUGAAACUGAAGAAACAGCUGAAACUUAGCUUCAGGAAUUGGGAAGAGUGAUUUUAACACUGGACACAAAACACUUUCUUUUCCUCGUCUCUCUCAAGCCAUUCCAGGUAGAAAAGCUCUUUAGUGGUACCUCUUUGCUCCUUUGACAUCCCAGGCAUGAGAGAUGGAUGCUGUGGUCUUAUGCCGUCCUAUCAUACCACAUGUUUGCCCCCAACACGUGGAGAAAGAAGACAGUGUGCUGCUUUAGAAAGUGAGUCUACUGUUGUACAGUCUCUGCUCUUAGGACACUGGGAUGCCCGAUGGGAAAGAAGGCCAUUAGAGUGACGAAUCGAUUAUCUGGCUGUGAAGUUUUACAGUUUUUCUUUCUUUUUGAUGAUGAUUCUUAAAAUCCUUUUCCA